GAUUAACCAUACACGGCUACUUCAACAAUUGUGCACCAUCGGUGCUUGACUCACUUGACCCGCAGCGCCACUUUGUUCAACUCCAAAAACAUCCCACGCUACUUCAACUGCUGUUCGACGCCUUUUUUUUUCUUGGAGAAGCGAACAGACUUGACAUUUCUUUAUUCCGUCAACGCAAUCCGUCUUCAAGAUGCCGUCUGCAGAUCUAAUUGAUCACUCGGCCCAGCAGGUCGAGCCCUGCGCUCCAGUGGCCACUGCUUCUAACCUUAUCAUGAUUGACAACUAUGAUUCUUUUACCUGGAACAUCUACCAGUACCUCGUCCUGGAGGGCGCUACCGUUCACGUCUUCAGAAACGACAAGAUCACAUUGGAGGAGCUCAUCGCCAAGAACCCUACCCAACUGAUCAUUAGCCCCGGUCCCGGUCACCCAACCACCGAUUCCGGUAUUAGCAGAGAUGCUAUUAAGCACUUUGCUGGCAAGAUUCCCAUCAUGGGUGUCUGCAUGGGAUUGCAGUGCAUUUUCGACGUCUACGGUGGCGAUGUUAGCUCUGCAGGCGAGUGGCUGCACGGCAAGACUUCACCUCUCACUCACGAUGCCAAGGGUGUAUUUGCCGGCUUGGAACAGGAAAUCCCAAUCACUAGAUACCACUCGCUUGCUGGUACACAGAUGACGAUGCCUGACUGCCUACAGAUGACUUCCUGGGUUGCCAAGCCUGACGGUACUCCUGGUGUUAUCCAGGGUGUCCGCCACAAGGAAUACACUAUGGAGGCUGUUCAGUUCCACCCCGAGAGUAUUUUGACCGCUAACGGUAGAAUCAUGAUCCGCAACUUCCUUCACAUGCAAGGCGGUACCUGGGAGGAGAACAAGAAGCUCCAGAGUGCUGCUCCUGUGGCUUUGCCCGUUGGUAGCGACAAGCCCAAGUCAAACAACAUUCUCCAGCAAAUCUACGCAAACCGCCGCGCUGCCGUCGAAGCUCAGAAGCAGAUUCCCUCUCAAAGAAUGUCAGACUUGCAGGCAGCAUACGAUCUCAACGCCGCUCCUCCACAGAUUCCUCUUAUCUCCCGCUUGCGCCAAACACCCUUUGAUGUUUCGCUGAUGGCUGAAAUCAAGCGUGCCUCUCCUUCCAAGGGCAUCUUCGAUCUCUCUAUCAGUGCUCCUACCCAGGCACGCAAAUAUGCCUUGGCUGGCGCUAGUGUCAUCUCCGUCCUCACCGAGCCUGAGUGGUUCAAGGGCAACAUCGAGGACCUCCGACAAGUCCGCCAGGCUCUCGAUGGCAUGCCCAACAGACCUGCCAUUUUGCGCAAGGAGUUCAUCUUUGACGAGUACCAGAUCCUGGAGGCCCGUCUCGCCGGUGCUGACACCGUUCUCCUCAUUGUCAAGAUGCUCGAUGUCGAAACCUUGGAGCGUCUGUACAAAUAUUCGCUUUCUUUGGGAAUGGAGCCUUUGGUAGAGGUUCAAACCGCUGAGGAGAUGACUAUUGCCGUCAAGCUCGGAUCCAAGGCUAUCGGUGUGAACAACAGAAACUUGGAAAGCUUCGAAGUAGACAUUAACACAACCAGCCGUCUGCGCAGCAUGGUUCCCGAGAACACCAUCAUCUGCGCCCUGAGCGGUAUCAACAGCUAUGCGGAUGUCACCAUGUGUAAGAACGACGGUGUCAACGCCGUUCUUGUCGGUGAGGCCAUCAUGCGUGCUCCCGAUGCCAGCGUCUUCAUCAGCGAGCUUUGCUCAGGAGCUCCUCCUGCCGAGAAGAAGCAGGCCGUUCCGUCUCUCUUUGCCAAGAUCUGUGGCACACGAAGCGCCGAAGCUGCCCAGCGCGCAAUCGACUCCAAGGCCAACAUGGUAGGCAUGUGCCUCGUCCCUGGUGCUAAGCGCUGCAUCUCCCAUGAAACCGCCCUCGCCAUCUCCCAGACCAUCCACUCCAACACCUCUUCUCUCGACAUCAAAGCCACUCCUUCCGUGUCUGCUACCGGUGCUACCGACUUCUUUGCGUCUGCAUACGAACGCCUGUCCAGCUCGCGCACUCUUCUUGCCGGUAUCUUCCAGAACCAGCCUCUUAGCGAAGUUUUGGAGAAGCAAAAGCUCUACAACCUCGAUAUUGUCCAGCUUCACGGUGACGAGCCUAUCGAAUGGGCAAGCCUAAUUCCCGUCCCAGUUAUUCGCGCUUUCAAGCCUGAGCACAUUGGCAUUGGCCUUCGCGGCUACCACACCAUCCCUCUGCUUGACUCAGGUGCUGGAUCUGGCAAGCUAAUUGAUGUUUCCAAGGUCAAGACUGUGCUUGAGAACGACCCUGAACUGCGCGUCAUUCUUGCCGGUGGUCUUAACCCCGAUAAUGUUGUCGAGGCUGUUAAGGCUCUAGGUCCUCUUGCGGACCGUGUCAUUGGUGUCGAUGUCAGCAGCGGUGUCGAAGAAGAUGGAAAGCAGAGUCUCGCCAAGAUUGAUGCAUUCGUCAAGGCGGCCAAGUCAUUUCGAUAGAUUAUAAUCAUCAAAAGUACAAAAUAGAAUAUUUUAAUUUUAAAUAUCCAACAUUACUCUGCCACAGCUUCAAUCUUCAUCGUGUCGUGUAAUUGUCCACAAACCAUCCACGGUGAGGCAAGACAGCGUG